AUGAGAAAGUCCUUGACACUUGCAGCAAAACUAUCAUCUAUGUCAAAAUCUUAGGGUCAUUGUUAAUCAUUCUUAAGAAACAUUGAGAAAGAACCUGCCUCUCAAAUGCUGGUAGAAGAGUUGAAAUAAUUAGACUUAAGAAAUUUGGGUAUAUUAAACGUUCUUGACCCCUAUUAUUUCAAAAAAGAGGGGAUUACUAAGGUGGAAAUUGAAAGAACAGAAGAUUACAGAGUCGUGAUGUUUUGUCUUCCUAAAGGCACAAAGAUGUACUUGCAUGAUCAUCCAAACAUGGCUAUCUACUUCUAAUAGAUCUUUGGCACAAUGAAGAUAAGGUGUCUAGACAAGAUAAAUGAGAAAUUUUAAUACAAUGAAAUUUCUAAUGACGAACUCCUUGAAUUAACAAGUUCUUCAAAGAUCAUCUCAGCUAAAGUUUCCUUCAACUAAGUGAUGAAAGCCAGAGCCUCUUAAGUUAUACUCCCUAAUAGAUACAACUGUCAUGAGAUGAUUGCUUUGGAGAAUAGUUGCUUUAUUGAUUACCAGAUACCUGGCUACAGUGCUAUCUCAGCUAGCAGAAAAAUUUCAUAUUUUGAAGAGAUUAAACUUUAAAAUCUUCCCAAUCUCAGCAAAGCUGAUUUCGCUGAUAACACUCUUGAUUGCUCCAAUUCAGUUCCAGAAAAUUUCACUCUACUCAAAUACGAGGGAAAUUCUACCUAGCCUCCUAAUGAUUUCAUUAUAAACGAAGCACUUUUCAGAGGUGUCUAUCAAUGA